CUAGGCAUACGGACUGCUACAAACAUUUGUGAAAGAAUGGGUCACUCUCAGGAGCUCAGUGAAUUCAAGCGUGGUACCGUGAUAGGUUGCCACCUGUGCAAUAAGUCCAUCCAUGACAUUUCCUUGCUACUAUAUAUUCCACGGUCAACUGUUAGUGGUAUUAUAACAAAGUGGAAGCAACUGGGAACAACAAUAACUCAGCCACGAAGUGAGCGGGGUCAAUAGAGACAUGUUCUCUGGAGUGACGAAUCACACCUCUCUGUGUGGCAAUCCAAUGGACAUGUUUGGGUUUUGCGGUUGCCAGGAGAACAGUAUUUGCCUGACUGCAUUGUGGCAAGUGUAA